UCUUUAAGCCAUCGAGCCAGGUGACUACAAUGGCAUACAGUAAACCAACACAAGCUUGGCAGGUGUUCUUGUUUUUUUGGCAAAGUUAUGCGGAACUUGUAAGUCUCGGUCGGCGCGUGCGUUUCUGGUGGCUUCCUUUGUGUUGAAGAGUCAGCCCACUCGGGGCUCGAAGGAGAGGAAGGCGGAUGUCAAGUGUUCAAACAAGCCAACGUACAACAAGUGCACUCACUCAGCAUGAACACGGCGGCGGCAGCGUCCUUUUGUUCGUCUCUAGCCCUCCUUGAAUACCUUCUGUGACUAAGUGUUUUCUUUUAGACUCGCUCUGGUGUCAGACAUGAAGUUUUACGGCCACAUUCAGCUCCGAAUCGGGGAGGCUGUGGACUUGAAGCCGACCACUUUCUCCCGGCGCCACUCCAGGAUGUUCUUGAAGACCGCCCCGACGACCAUGGACCCCUACAUUGUCCUCAAGGUGGACGACGUCAAAGUGGGACAAACUCACACCAAACAGAAAACCAACUCGCCGACUUACAACGAGGACUUCUCGUUCUCCGUGCGAGACGGACAACACGUCGAGCUGGCCGUCUUCAACGACACCCCCAUCGGAUACGACGACUUUGUGGCCAACUGCACCGUCCACUUUGUGGACCUCAUGAAGACGGCCAACACGGGCGAGUUCUUCGAGGGAUGGAUGGACUUGGAACCUGAAGGCAGCAUUUACAUCCUUAUUAAGCUUAAUGGAUCCUUCAUUGAUGACGAGGCCAUCAAGCUAGAGAAAAACCACCGAGAGUUUACAAGGAAGCGUCAGGGGGCCGUGAGACGGAAAGUCCACCAGGUCAACGGGCACAAGUUCAUGUCCACGUUCCUUCGUCAGCCCACCUUCUGUUUUCACUGCAAAGAGUUCAUCUGGGGUGUUUUUGGAAAGCAGGGCUACCAGUGCCAAGUAUGUACAUGUGUGGUUCACAAGCGCUGCCACCAACAAGUUGUCACUGUGUGUCCACGCAUGAAAAGGUCACAGUGUGUAAGCCCUGGCUUCAGCAUUAACGUACCUCACCAGUUCAACAUCCACAACUACAAGUCACCCGCUUUCUGUAACCACUGCGGAUCACUGCUCUGGGGAUUUGUCCGGCAGGGCCUGCACUGCAAAAUCUGUAAACUAAAUGUUCACAUCCGAUGCGAAGGCAACGUUGCGCAGAACUGUGGAGUCAACUCUGUGGAACUGGCCAAAAAGCUAGCAGAGAUGGGCACACAUGCUGCAGAACUCUCAGGAAAAAAACUCCAAAGAUUCGGUUCAAGUACGACAAAGAUGCCCUCUGAAAGGAGGAAGAGCGUGAAAAGUCAGCCAGAGAUCCCUCAAUAUGGGAUCGCAGAUUUCACAUUUCUUCAAGUGCUUGGCAAGGGUAGCUUCGGCAAGGUGAUGCUCGCGAGACUCAACAACAAAGAUCGGGUCUUUGCAGUCAAGGUCCUGAAAAAGGACAUCAUCUUGCAGGACGAUGAUGUCGAGUGUACCAUGACUGAAAAGAGGGUGCUGUCGCUGGCCAGCUGUCAUCCGUACCUCACACAGCUGUACUGCUGCUUCCAGACUCUGGACCGUCUCUUCUUCGUGAUGGAGUUUGUAAAUGGCGGGGAUCUGAUGUUCCACAUUCAGAAGUCCAGGAGAUUCGAUGAGCCCCGGGCGUGUUUCUACACGGCGGAGAUCACCUCGGCUCUCAUGUUCCUGCAUGGCAAAGGCAUAAUCUAUCGGGAUCUAAAGCUGGAUAAUGUUCUGCUUGACAAGGACGGCCACUGUAAACUGGCAGACUUUGGCAUGUGCAAAGAAGGCAUAUCUGAAGGUGUUGGAGCAAGAACUUUCUGUGGCACCCCUGAUUACAUUGCCCCUGAGAUCCUUCAGGAGAUGGCGUACGGGGCCUCUGUUGAUUGGUGGGCUCUCGGAGUGCUGCUGUACGAGAUGCUGCAGGGCCACGCGCCUUUUGAGGCCGAAAAUGAAGACGACCUGUUUGAGGCUAUCCUCAAUGAAGAGAUUUCAUAUGCCGCUUGGCUCAGUGUGGAGUCAGUGAAUAUCCUCAAAGCUUUCCUAACCAAAGACCCACUCCGGCGCAUUGGUUGCGUGGCAUCAGAGGCCGGAGAAAUUGCUGUGACCAGCCAUGCCUUUUUCAGAAACAUUGACUGGGAGAUGCUGAAUCAUAGAGCGAUAGAGCCACCCUUCAAGCCCAAGAUAAAAAUGCCAGAGGACGUCAACAACUUUGACCCGGACUUUACGAGGGAAGAGCCCACCCUCACGCCGAUCGAUGACCCCCACAUCUCCUCCAUCAAUCAGGAUGAGUUUGAAGACUUUUCAUAUACUUCGCCCGAGAUGCUGGAGAACUAAGAGCUUCCGCGCUGAUCUACAAAUUGGCAUGUGCUCUCAAUCUUUGGAUUUGGACAGUUCUCGUAUGAAACUGUUACAUUCCCCGCAGACAUGAGAGUGUAAAAUGUCGUGGGGUUGGUCAGACACGGACACUCUCUCAAAUGGCAUUUUAUUGAGACUACAAUAUGGCGUGAUGGACAUGUACUUUUUUCCACUGUUGGAUGUGCUCACAUUAUGGUUGACUCGGUACUUAGUGUUGUACUUCAGCAAAUUGGGCAUCGAGUCCAUUUUUUACCAUACUGUCAGCAAUUCCCAGAAUGACAAAAUGGGUGUGUGUGUGUGCGGAAUCUUUUUCUUUCCUGUGACACGCACAACUCCGGGGGGGGGAAACUACACACCAAACCACUCCCACUAGGUAAACAAAAAUAAAAUCCUGUAUUAAACUUUGAAGCUUCAAACCAGCACUCAGUAAAAACAUGAAGAUCUAUGUUGUUAAAGGGAGACUGAGACCGUCAGUUACUGAAUGUGUUCUAUUUUUCACCCAUCCAAAUUCUAUCGAGCAUGUUGAGGAUGAUCCAAGAUUUCAUUUGUGGUAGAAGCUCUGGUGAUUCAUGGACUGCAAUCUCUGAACUUUUAAAAAUUUCAACACAGUCGUCUGCUCACAUAGGAUGCAUGCUAGUGGCGUUUGCCAACUCAUCAGCAACUACUGAAUUAUUUUGUAUGUCUUGUUGCUGAACAGUUUAAAUCCUUCCUUUGCUGCGUCUAUCUGUCACUUUCUCAGUUUGCUUCCUCAAACUUAAAAAAAACAAAACAAAUAGUACUUGGCAACCAGUCAGGGUCUGGGCGCUCAUUAGAGGCCCUUUUUUCAAACCUUUAAUCUGACAAUUAUGAAUUAAUACUUGGUGGUGUCUGACCUCGAUAAAAGAUUUUAACCUUUCUGUGCAGUCCUGGCCUAAAGGAACAGGCUAAUCAUCUGGUGAGUUCAGUAGGAACUAGGGAAGAAUAAACAGGAAACCACACUGCGUCAUUACCGUUACUUUUGGUCAAAAUAGGAAGACGAGAGGGGUGAAUGAUGCUUUUGUGUGGCACUUGAAAGCGUGGGGUCUGUUAUAGGCAAUACAAAAAACAACAACAACAAUCUUUUAAACAAGAAAGAACAGAAGUCUUUGUUGUUCAAGGGAAGAAUCUUGAACAAUGCUGCUGUCCCAUGAUGAUACUCGGACUCCAUUCUACUCUGACUCUAUUCUGCUCUACCCAACUCUAUUGUACUCUGACUCCAUACUACUCGGGACUCUGACUCUACCCUACUCUGACCCUAUUCUGCUUAGACUCUACUCUCAUGUCAUUGGCCGGCUUUUCAGGCGCUGUUCAUGCCGUCAUUGGCCCAUCUUGUCAAUCAUCACAGCUGGACCAGAUGUCAACCAAUUUUGGUUUUCAUUUGAACAUCAAAAGUCAUCUCAUGAGCUCAUCAAAUAUGCAAAUAUGUCAAAACAUCAAAUAAAAUGGAAAUAAAAAUGCA